AUGGCAUCGUCAGCGCCCCCAGUAGAACUUGAUCCAGAUGAAUUGGAGGAAGAGGAAGCUUUCGACUCAUCAUCACAAGCAAGCUCAACAGCGACAUCGACUCUAACAUGGAUAAAUUGGUACACCUCAUUACCAGGACAUGAUUACUUCUGCGAUGUGCAUGAAGAUUUCAUAGAAGACGAUUUCAACUUGACAGGUUUACAAGCGAUGGUACCAUUCUUCAAGGAAGCUUUAGAGAUGAUAUUGGAUGUCGAACCAGAGGAAGACUCAUCGAAGAUACCAGACGUAUCAAUAGUAGAAAGUUCCGCGGAAUUGUUAUACGGCUUAGUACAUCAACGGUUCAUAUUGACAAAAGUAGGAUUAUCCUGUAUGGUCGAGAAGUACGAAGCAGGUCAUUUCGGCGCUUGUCCCCGAGUGUUCUGUCAUGCUACACCCGUCUUACCAUGUGGAAGAGCAGAUAUGCCAGGUAUAGAUACCGUUAAAUUAUAUUGUCCAAAUUGUGGUGACAUAUAUACUCCACCAAGUAGUAAAUACGCUAGUGUAGAUGGAGCUUUCUUCGGUACGACUUUCUCUCCAUUAUUCUUCCAACAAUACCCUGAACUACUCUCCGCACCAUUCUUCACAUCGUCCAACCCUCAAGCACAAACAUCAUCUUCAUCGAGAGUAUCUCCCUCGGAAUCCCCCGUUGGUGGCGUAACAAUGACCAAUCCCAAUUCGUUUGGUGGACAGAAACCUGCUUUAGGCAAAGUGUACGUUCCUAGGAUUUAUGGAUUCAAGGUGUCUGAAAGGGCUAGGAGCGGACCAAGGAUGAAGUGGUUGAGGGAGAGACCAGAGAGGUUUGAUGAUUUGGAUAAAGUCGAUUGGAAAGGAAGGUUCAUAUCGGAUAAUAAUACCAGUACGGGUGAGAAGGAUGAUUUGAUGGUUGGUACGGGUACGACUGGGAAGACGAAAGGGAGAUUAUUCGACGAUGAGGAUGAUGAGGUGGAUGAAGAUGAGAGUGAGGAGGAAGAGGAAGCAGGAGCGGGACAAACGAUAUCUGCUGUGCCUGUGUGA